UCAAAUUCCUUAUCGCCUUGGCUUCAACGCAAUGGUACAUCCCAACAAAGACAAACUUUGUAAAUUCUUUCUCUCUCUAUAUAACACCACUUCUCCCUCGCUAAACAAAAUGUCGUCUCCACAUCCCAAGAACCAUGGCUGGUUACCGCGAUAGGAACCCUUUUGACGAAGAAGAAGAUCAAGUUAAUCCUUUUUCCAACCCUUCACAAUAUUCGCACUCAAGGCUUCCAGCUCUUCCUCCUGAACCUGUCAGCUACAAUUAUGAUCGCAAUCCAGUCAUUGAGAUCAAUCUUGAUAAUCCCACGAAUUUGAAGCAGAAAGAGACAGAACUCCAGGCCAAGGAAGCUGAACUUAGAAGGAGGGAAGAGGAAGUUAAAAGGAAAGAAGAAGCUCUAGCACGAGCUGGAGUGCUUCUGGAUGUGAAAAAUUGGCCACCAUUUUGCCCAAUCAUCCACCAUGACAUUGCAAAUGAGAUACCUAGUUAUCUACAUCGAAUGCUAUAUGUAGCUUUCGCCACCUUCUUAGGGUUGAUCCUAUGCCUUUUCUGGAAUGUCAUAGCUGUUUCCACAGCAAGCAUCAAAGGGUCAGGCGUAAGGAUAUGGUUCCUGGCUGUCAUCUAUUGCAUUAUAGGCGUACCAGGAGCUUAUUUACUAUGGUAUCGUCCACUUUAUCGAGCUUGCAGGAAAGACAGUGCGUUUAAGUUCGGAUGGUUUUUCAUGUUUUACGUGAUACAUAUCGGCUUCUGCAUUUAUGCUUCGGUUGCUCCGCCUAUAAUUUAUGAUGGGUUAUCUUUCUCGGGAUUCGUGAGUGCGUUGCGUACUAUGAGCGACAGUGCUUUAGUAGGGAUCUUCUACUUCGUAGGAUUUGGGUUAUUCUGUGUUGAGUCACUGUUAAGCAUCUGGGUCAUUCAGAGAGUUUAUAGGUAUUUCCGUGGCAGUGGAAAGACAGCGGAGGCAAAACGUAAUGCUGCAAGAGGAGGUGGCAUGGCAGCACCCGAAAUAAGCUUAUAAAGCUAGCAAAGAAAUCACGUAGGACGUGAUAGAGAUAUAUCCAUCUAUUAAAACAUCACUUUCAACCUGGCUUUUGUCAUUUGUAAAUACAUUUCUGUUGGUCGGAAAGGUCUUUGUAUGUGACCUGACAUUGACAUCUUCAUAUCUUCCUAAUUUGCUGCAAAACCAUUCAGUCUUUGGUUAACUGUAUAUUAGAUUUGACCACAAGUUUCACAUCUUAUGUAAUAAAUUUGUAUUUGGUGUGCGUGAGUUUUUCUUCUAGAAAGAGGAAUUUAUGGAGCAGCCUCGAGUUGAUUAAGCUA